ACUUGAUUGGCAAAAUGCAAGUAAGAUGGCAGAUUUUUUAGAGCAUUUCCAUGACCUUACUUAUCGUGUUUCUACCUUUAACCAUAUCACUGCACACACAUUCUUUCAUGAGAUUGGAGAAGUGCAUUUGAUGAUUCAAUCAUGGCUGGAUAGUACAUAUUUUUUGCAAACAGCAAUGGGAAAGAGAAUGAAAGAUAAAUUUGACAAAUAUUGGGGACUUUGGUAUACUGACUACGACCAUGAGAAGGGUAGGGGAAAGGGAAAGGAGAAGGAGAACCUUAAUUUACUGAUUUUUGUUGCUGGUUGUCUUGAUCCAAGAUACAAGCUAUCUAUGUACACGAAGAUAACUGUUGAAGAGAUAUUUGGUCAGGAAAGGGGACAGCUAGUUUGGGAAGCCAUUAACACUUGUAUUCAUGCUUUGUUUGAAGAAUAUAGGAUACUUUAUUCUUCGAGUGAGGACACAACCGAUGUGAGUGAUUCAAUAGGAGCAUCAAAGGGAGGUAGAGGAGGCAAGCUAAAGGAAGUUGUUGCUAAGAGGAUGAAGUUAGGUGCUGGUUCAAGCAAUAAUAUUAAGUCCGAACUUGACAAAUACCUUGCUGAAGAAACUGAGAACACAGACAUGAAGAUUGACCUCCUAAUGUGGUGGAAGGCAUGUGAGCAGAGAUUUCCAAUUCUGUCUCGCAUGGCACGUGAUGUGCUUGCUAUACCAAUCUCAACCGUUGCUUCAGAGUCAGCAUUUAGCACAAGUGGACGUAUUUUAGAUGACUUUCGUAGCUCCCUUACUCCAUUUAUGCUAGAAGCUUUAGUAUGUACACAAGAUUGGUUGAGAUGGGCAAUACCCAUUGACAUUGAAGAAAAUCUUGAGGAAUUAAUAACGCUGGAAAAAGAAUUAAAAGAAGAAUUUGGUCCCAAUGGAAAAGGAAAAAAAGCUUCUACAGCAGCGACAACGGGAAGCAACUCCAUCUCGCCGAAUUCCAUCCAUCCUGGAAUGUCUACAACUUAAUUCUUAAAUCUGUCCUACAGUUUA